GAGCUUUUACUUUGAAAGGAACAUUCCGGAAACUUUUGUCGGCCGUUGCUCGCUUGAAGCGGCGGUACAAAAAAAAUGGCCAUCGUCAGAUUCGGUGAACUAUCGGUGCUUUUUUUAUUAAACUGCCGUUUUUACUGAGAGAGCAGCAGAAAGGAAACGAUGCGAGUCGUGGCGGAGCUAGCUAGCAGCGGGGCUAACGGGCGGUAGGUCAGUUAGCUUGCUCCCGGCCGUCGCGGCGGCUCAGUGUCCGGCUGAAAGCAGAUGGGCUCCUCGGUGUAUUUGGGCAAAAGGCGGAAGACUGCGUAUCAACAGACCGAACCGGAGAUGCUACACAGCUACAGCCGCUAGCCAGCUCACUGUUUACUGCAAGAUGCGGGCGAACGGCGGCCGAUUGACCAGGAAGCUGCUGCAUCAGGACUUCAUCCAGCUGCUCCAAACUUCUUAUCGGUUCAUCUUUAGAGGCUCGCUCCCCUGAUUUGUCCCAUUUACCACAAUCACGUGCUGCUCCCUCAAUCAAAGACAGUCUCUGUAUUGAAGGCAGCAGAGGAAACAUUUCGACUGAGGACCUCCUUCUUUAUGGAUCCACGGCAGGACGACCUGAACUGAGACAGCUUGAACACUCGGCUCGACACAGCGCUCACCGGACCUCAGGAUGGCGAGCAGGAGAAAAUCCACCACCCCCUGCAUGGUUCCUCCCCGAGAACCCGUUGAGUCGGAUCAGGAGAUGGAGGACGUCUCGGACGCAGCCGAGGCGGAGGACAGUAACGGCGUGGCGACCGUCUCCUCUGAGGUUUCGGGUCUGCAGGAGGAGUGGGGCGAGGACGCAGACGUCAGACCGGUGUCGGACCACUACCUGGACUCCAACAUGGCCGAGGGAGGCUAUGAGUGCAAAUACUGCAGCUUUCAGACCGCAGAGCUCAACCUGUUCACCAUGCACGUGGACACGGAGCAUCCCGACGUCGUCAUCAACACGUCCUACGUCUGCAUGGAGUGUGACUACCACACCAAGAGUUAUGACACGCUGCUGGCCCACAACGCCCGCCUCCACCCGGGCGAGGACAAUUUCACGAGGACGAUGGUGAAGCGCAACAAUGAGACCGUCUUCCAGCAGACGGUCAACGACCUCACCUUUGACGGCAGUUUCGUCAAAGUGGAGGACGACGAGGCGGAGGACACGUCCCGCAGAGGCAUCGCCCUCAGCAAGACGCCCAUCAUGAGGAUCAAGAGCCGACCAGAACCCAAGAAGUUCAGCGCCUCGCACAAGAUGGCCCUGGACGACGUCAUCAAAGUGGAGAGCGACGACGAGGACGUGGAGAACAUGGAGCCGCCCACGCUGUCCCCGGCGCCGAUGACCCCCGCCGCCAUCACCCCUCGCCUCAUCCCAGUGUCCACGGCGGUGCAGGUCCAGGCCGUCCCGCAGAGCAUCGUGGUCAACAGUCCCAACGUGCUGCAGAUUAAAGGCGGCUCGGGCGGCGGCGUGCUGCCUCCCGGGACGCUGGCUCAGGUUCUUUCUGCGCUGCAGAACCAGCAGAACAGCACGCAGACGCAGACGCAGCUCCUCAUCCCCAUCAGCAGCAUCCCCACCUACAACACCACCAUGGACAGCAACGUCCUGCUGGUCAGCGCCUACAACAGGUUCCCGUACCCGUCGGUGUCGGAGAUCAUGGGCUUGUCUUCGCAGACGAAGUUCAGCGAGGAGCAGAUCAAAGUCUGGUUUUCUGCUCAGAGGCUGAAACACGGAGUCAGCUGGACGCCGGAGGAGGUGGAGGAGGCGAGGAGGAAGAAGUUUAAUGGCACGGUGCAGACCGUCCCUCAGACCAUCACCGUCAUCCCUGCCAACAUCGCCGCUGCCACCAACGGCCUGCAGUCCAUAUUCCAGACGUGCCAGAUCGUCGGCCAGCCGGGACUCGUCCUCACUCAGGUGGCCGGUAACGGCAGCACCAUGCCGGUCGCCUCUCCCAUCACCCUGACGGUCGCAGGCGUCCCUGGAAACCAGCCCAAAGCCGCCGAGCCGUCGACGUCAGAAUCAAAGACUGAGAUGUCGGCCGGCACGGCGCUCAGUUUGGACUCGUCGGCUUCCAAACCGAAGAAGUCGAAGGAGCAGCUGGCGGAGCUGAAGGCGAGCUACGGCAGGAGACAGUUCGCCACAGAGGCAGAGAUAUCACGACUCAUGCAGGUCACCAAACUCUCCAAGCGAGCAAUAAAGAAGUGGUUCAGCGACACGCGCUACAACCAGAGGAACUCAAAGGAUCACCACGGCGUCCUGCUGAGCGAAACCUCGUCCAGCAGAGCCGCAACGCCCGGAGGAGGCAGAGGACGGAACAGCAGCGGCAGCGGGAGCCUUAAUGACAGCAACAACAGCGAAAUUGCCUCUACCACCAUCAUCAUCGACUCCAGUGAUGAUGCAAGCGACUCCUCCCCAACUUCUGCCAACGCCCCGGGCUCGUCAGGGUCCUCCAGCGACCGGCGGAUGAAAUUCCGCCACGCCUUUCCCGACUUCACGCCACAGAAGUUCAAGGAAAAGACUGCGGAGCAGCUGCUCGUCCUCGAGGCCAGCUUCCAGAAGUCAGACACGCCUUCGGACGAGGAGCUGAGCCGGCUGCGUGCAGAGACGAAGCUGACGCGACGGGAGGUGGAUGCCUGGUUCACUGAGAGGCGGAAAAUGCCUUCAAAGGACGAGGAAGUCGAGGGAGAUGGCGAGAAGGUGAAACCAGGGUCUGUGCCUUCGUCCUCUGCUCAGGAGCGGCAGAACACUCCACCCGUUGGCAGGAAGGCGGUGAAGAAGACACCAGAGCAGCUUCACAUCCUGAAGAAGGCCUUCGUCCGCACGCAGUGGCCGACGUCCGAGGAAUACGACCAGAUGGCUGACGAGAGCGGCCUGCCGAGGACGUACAUCGUCAACUGGUUCGGAGACACUCGCUACGCCUGCAAGAACAGCAACCUGAAGUGGUACUACCUCUACCAGAGCGGAAAGGUGGACGAGGCGCUGAACGGUGGAGCAAAGAGCCAGAAGAAGUCCAGGAAGCGUUUCCGUGGUUGGUCCAGGAGGACGCGCCGGCCGUACCCCUGCAAACGAUCCCCACAGGAGGGCGCCGCCGCCAUCAAGGUGAAGUCCGGUAAGACGUUUCUGAAGGACUACUACCUCAAACACCGAGCCCUGAGUGAGAAAGACCUGGACGAUCUGGUGACCAAGUCCAGCAUGAGCUACGAGCAGGUGAGGGACUGGUUCUCUGAGACGGCCAGGAGGGUGGAGGAGGGCAAGGAGCCCUUCAGCGAGGAGGAGGCCGAAGGAGAAGACGGGGAGGAGGAGGACGAGGAGGAGGACGAGGAGGAGGCGGGAGCAGCAGAGAACCCGGACAGCGAGGGAGAGAUGGAGGUGAAGGAACAAGGAGAGGAGGCCACUGACGACGACUGCAACGAGGAAGAAGAGGAGGAGGAGGAAGCUGAAGAAGAGGAGGAGGAGGUGGUGGGGGACGAUGACACAAUCCAGGAGGAAUCUGAAGGUGUCAGCCAAUCACAGCCUCAGGAGCAGACAUGAGCUGACAGUGUUAACGUUGCUCCCCCCCGGAGACGACAACACGUCAGUGUUUCUCAGCUAGCGGGUCGGGACCCAAAGAUGGCCGCAGGAAGCUCAGACGGGUCACAGUUCAGAUGGACGCUGGGUUUUGUGCCUUCGAGAUGAACUUUGGGUCGUGAUGCAGCUGAGAAGCACUGAGCUGAACAGACGGACGUCAGGAUGUAGUUUGUUGUGCUGAUGAACUGUGGGGACCAACGCCUCCUCCAGAGUAAGUUCCAGCUCCGCUCCUGUACAAAUAUCAACGCUUUUAUUUUGGUGAGAAUGACAGGGCUUUUAUUUUGGCCUUUUUUUGUCAUUUUUCUUACAAAUAAAAAAAAAGUUUUGCGGUAAACUUUGUAUAAAGAAAAAAAAAACAUUUCUAAGAGGUGAGACCUCGCAUGGAUUUCUCCUUAAGAUACGUUUUUCAAAAUAAAGGACCAUCAGAUUCUUUCUCAAGGGAACGUCCCCGAAAACCGUCAGUGAAACUUUGUGUUGUUCUGAAAGAAAAAGGUUUUUAAAACCAAACUGGGUUUCUGUUUUUUUUUUUUUUCUGUGAGUAGACAACUCAGAUUAGUGCCAUUCUGUUUUCUACGUCUUUGGUUUCAAAUCAACAAAUCAGUGCUGGAAUCAAUUCCACGUUGAUUGUUUUAACGUUUUUGUAUUUUGUUUUUCUCUCUCAAGUGAUUUGUUCAAAGUCUGGACGACGUUUUAAUAUAACGGGGACGAAAUCCAUUUUACUAUUAUUAUGCUACUCUGAGUUCUUUUGAAUAUGGUGAUAAUUUUAUGUGUUUCAGGUGUUUUGGGUCCAUUCAGUUUCAACGACGCCAAUUCAGUUUGUGAAUUUACCUCGAAGGGAAAAAUCCACCUGAAAACUCUUUAUCCCACAAUGCACCUGUGAGAGUGACGCUGAAAACUUUGACUAGAGACAAACUGAUGUGAGACUUUGCAGAAGUUUCAGUGAGAAGGAUUUAUGAGGCUCUCUUGUUGUUUUUAUUAGCUUGGAAUGAGUCUUUUACGUCUCCCAGCAUCCGCCAUGUUUCUACAGUAGCCCAGAACAGACAAACAUGAUCAGCUUUUGUGUAUUUAUCAGCCGCUACAAAGUUUAGGGUAACAUUCAAAGAGAUGUCACUAAAUCCUACACAGUAAACUGUAAUUUAAGUCAGAUCACGAUGUAAUGGCUGACAGUAAUUAAAGCCUGUCUGAUGGUCAGAAGUACGGAAGCCCCUGAGGGACAAGUGAAGAAAAGUUUUUUUUUUCUGAUGAUCCAGUUUCAGUUUGAUCUAAAUAGUUUUUUCUCUCCUGAGAACUGUUGGGGAGAAAAGUUGACCAGUAUACUCUAUAUAACUUGAUUAAAAACAUUUAUAUAUUUAAUUGUUUUACUUAUUUUGACAACAGGAACUUUCACUAUAAAAAAUAUUUUCACCACCAAAAAUGUUUUUCUUUCACACCAAACUUUUUCUCCCCACAAAUUUUAUUUUCCACAAAUUUUAAGAUUUUAAAAAAGUCUCCUGUCAAAACUUUUCUUUUUCACUCAAAGUGUUUUUGAGAGACUGAUGUUGACGACAGGAGCUUUUACAAUUUAAAACCAUAAGAGUUUUUGUCUGAAACCAGGUGAAAAAUAAGAAAUCAUCAAAUUGAGUGUUACUGAAACAAACACUGACUGAAAAGAAGGUUGUCUGGAGGAAAACAUUUUUUGUAAGACUAAUCUUCAACACUUUUUUCCCAAAAUAAAUUUUGCUAGUAAAACUUUUCCCUCCAGAAAUUUUCAGGAGUUUUUCCCCCUCAAUGUGUGAAACCGUGGAAGUGUUUGUUUUUGUAAUACUCACUUUGACCACAAGAGGCUGAAUUUCACCACUAAACUGUUCCAAAGACAACUGAAAGUUUUAAUUAUAAAAAAAAACAAUGAUGUUUCCUUCCAAUAUAUUUUGGAUUCAUACAUCUUUUCACCUGUUUUCUCAAAUAAUAACCUGACAAAACUUUUUCCACCAGUUCUCGAGUCAUAAACACAAAAACAUGGAUCACCAGAAAGAAUUAAUUCUGUACAAUAACGAUAUUAGAGAAUAAAAAGUUCCAAUAUUAUGACAAAGAUUUAUAGCAGAGGACAUUUUACAGUUUAACAAUAAAAUAAUGUUGCCUUGAAUCAUCAGUGCAUCAAAACAGUUAACAAGGAAAUUAAUGUUUUUAAGAAUUCCUUAAUUUUGGGUGCAUCAGAUCAAGCUUGGCACUUUUUUACAGUGUAAAAAUGAACUUGUUCAUGUUUCAGUUUCCACCACAGACGUGUUGAAAGUUUAAACAUCUCUGACCGUCUCGGAUCGUUCGAUCACUCACACAAAUCUGGUUUGUCUCUUCGUUCUUUAUGAUGCGACUGAAGACGUCAGCGGUUCACUGAUGAACAACGAAGUCAGAUGUUGAACAAGUUAACUUCUUGCAGUUCAGGCGUAUGUUGAGGAAUGUUGAAAGGUAUUCUGGGAAAUGUAGGAAACCUGGUGGGAGGAGGCAGAAAUCAUGUUUAACAAGAAUCAUGAGUAAAAACAGAACCGAAGUGUUUUAAGGUGGAUUUUUCCUUCGACAUGAAGUUUUAACGUUUUCAGUUUUGACGGUUACACGCUGAAGCUUUCAGUCGCCCGUCGGCCAUUUUAGACGCGUUCCUGAAUCGCUCCUGUUUUUCGGGCUGCGGGUCAUUUUUUAAAACAAAGAUUAUCCGAGUUGAUGGACUUGAAAGCGAGAUGAACCCAAAUACUGUUUGUGUCCUCGUCCAAAAGAAAGAAAACAAAAGAAAAAAACAAAAAAAACAAAGGCAUGUGUGCUCUUCUUCAGGAAACAGGCAACUUUACCUCAGUCAGUUAAGCUACAAACUCGGUAAGAUUGUGACAUUUACACUUUACAACAGUUUUUCUUUUUUCUAGAGAAUUCAAUACUGUAUGCAUGAAAAUACGAGUACACAAUAAUAAUUAUGUCUUUCAGAUGGCAUUUUGUUUUUCUGUUUGUUUUUGUCCUCGCCACCAAAGUCAUUGAAUCACUUUAAAAAGAAAAGUAGAAGAAAAGAAGAAGAAGAAGACAUAGUUAUUAGUGCGUUUAUCUGCUCAAAUACGGGUGAACUAGUAAACAAUCUUUCAGGUUUUCCACAAGAAUUACAGACGAUAUUUUAGGGACAGGAAACCACAAGCACUUGGCUCAGUUCCACGGGAACUUUUUAACUUUUUCAUACGUGGGGUGAAAAAAAAAAAAGAAAAAAGAAGAAGAAAUAAGCUUUUAUUUUGCUUUUCUCUGCUCUCUUUCUGUGUUUACUGAACCACGUAGGAGUCUGUUAGAAUAUGCAAACAUUAAGAACAAUCAGCGGGUCGAGAGCUGCUCACCUGUCGAGUCAGCGUCUCUUUGAUUUGGGUUUUUAUUUUAUUUCCUCAGCGACAUGGGAUCCUUAUACGAGCUCUGUAAUCGGACGCCUCUCUGCCAUUCUUUACAUCGCUUUAAUAGCCAACAGUUUUUAGUAGUUAAUUUAUUUAUUAUAUCUGGACUUUCAUGGAUAUCUUUUUUUGUCUGCAAGCAAAAAAUAAAAAGUGAAAAUCAAAUUUGA